AUGCUAAUGGUCACAGGCCGCAAUGUUCUCCGUGCAUCGCUGCUGCGAGAAGAUGUUGAGGUCGUGGCCAUCAACCAUACGUGUGCCUCUGUGGACGAUGUCGUAUACCUCAUUGAGCACGAUUCCACCCACGGACCACUUGCGACCGUGAAGCAUUCCGGGCCACCAUUUCAAGUGUCUGCCCUCCUCAAUGGUGACAUCUCCAUCAACGGACGCCGCAUAGCUCUUCUCUCCCAGCGAGAUGUAAGACAGAUCAAUUGGGGCCUGUACGGCGCGGAAACCGUCGCCGAGUGCACCGGGAAAUUCACCAAGACUACCCUUGCGAAAGACCAUAUCGAAUACGGCGCGGCGAAGAAAGUCAUCAUCUCAGCACCGAGCGCAGACGCCCCUGCAUUCGUAUUCAAGGUAAAUUCGGCGGAAUAUUCAGCACAGAACAAGCCAGAUGUCGUGUCUUGCGCGAGUUGCACCACCAACUGCGUUGCUCCAAUUGUGAAAGUCAUCAACGACAGCUUCGGUUUGGAUCAAGGGUUUGUGACGACUGUGCACGCGUCAACUCGGUCGCAGAGCGUAUUAGAUGGAUAUAGCAAGAGGGAUAGAAGAUCGGGUCGUGCUGUGCUUGGUAACAUCAUCCCAACAACUACCGGAGCAGCCAAAGCCAUCGCACAUGUACUUCCAGCAUUAUCGGGGAAAUUAACGGGCAUCUCCAUUCGAGUUCCAACUACAAACGUGUCUCUGGUUGACCUGACGGUAAAUACCGAUAAGCCGACUUCGCUGCCUGAGUUGCUUGAGGCCUUCCGCCAGGCCUCCAGGACCUCGCUUUCUGGCGUCCUGGGAGUGGUGGACGAAGAACUUGUCAGCUGUGAUUUCCUGGGGAACUCAUGCAGCGCUGUGAUCGAUGCACUGGCUUGCGUCGAACUAAAUUCCAAGUUCUUUAAAGUCGUUGCGUGGUACGACAAUGAGUGGGCAUACCCGAAUCGCCUUCUCGACUUAUUGUCCUAUAUAUUCCAGGUAGAUCAAGCCCAAUAG